UAAAUAAAGUGAUGUCAAAACUCGCCGACAAGUAGAUCUAAUCCUGACUUAAAUAUGACGAGCAACAGUUCUUAAAAGGAAGAGCUCCCUCGUCUUCCGUUCAAGUGAAUGGUAAGGAGCACUGCAGGCCAUCCCUCAGAUAUCCAUCAUGGUUUAUAGUAUUCCUUAUGUGUUCCUCGUUGGUGCUGCUUCGGCCGCAUUCACAGGCAAUAUCAACUACUUUUCUCCUUCGAGGCACCACCCAUCGCUAGGUAUUUCGAUUAGCAAAGUAGCUAAACGAACAGCCGUGAACUCGCAAUGGGAUCCAACUCAGUUAAACUUCACUCAUGGUGUUGCUUCUGGUGACCCAUACGACGAUAGCGUCAUUCUCUGGACAAGGGCCGCACCGUCUAGUGAUAAUGAUAAGAGUAACGUAACUGUGACAGGUUACGUUUCUCUUUACGAUCACUCAACCGAGAAGUUCGUGGCAAAGAGCAGCUCGCCAGUAUGUGUGGAUUGGAAGAUAAGUAGUUCCGAAUCUUUAGAAGAUAUCGCGGACUCUGGUAGAGCAUAUACUAGUUCCGAUAUCGACUACACAGUUAAGGUCGAAGCAAAGAGAUUGAAGCCUUUUACAACUUAUUAUUAUCAAUUCAACGUGUGCAAUUCCAACAAUACCUCUCCUGUUGGUCGUACCAAAACAAUACCUUCUGCGCGUGACGAGGUAUCAGAGCCAGUGAGACUUGCCAUAUACUCAUGCAGUAAUUAUCCAUUUGGUUUCUUCAACGCAUAUGGCAAUCCAGUUAGAAAGGAUUCUGUCGAUUAUGUGAUCCACCUUGGCGACUAUAUAUACGAAUACGCAAACGGCGAAUAUGGCUGGGGUGAUGCCUACGAUCGAAUCCCGCUCCCAAAUCGAGAGAUAUUCACCCUCUACGACUAUCGGAAACGCAUCGCUACCUAUAGGACCGAUCUUGACCUACUUGCGAGCCACCAGAACUUCCCCUGGAUACCGGUCUGGGAUGACCAUGAGGUAGCCGACAAUUCUUGGAGGAGCGGUUCCGCUCAUCUAAAUAAUUCCGAGGAAUCCUUCAUAAUGGACGGUGGUGUAUCGGUCGAUCAACGAAAGAUGAAUGCUGUCCGUGCUUACUUUGAAUGGAUGCCUAUUCGACAGGUUGAUAUGGACGACAACUUGCGAAUCUGGAGAAACUUUAAGUUCGGAAACCUAUUCGAUCUUGUUAUGCUUGACACCCGGCAGUACGAUCGCUCCAUUACUGAUUUGUAUUGGAACACUGAGUACCUUGGCGACAUAUAUAACGAUGCCAGCCGAACUCUCAUGGGUCCUCGUCAAGAAGCCUGGUUUUACCGCACUUUACGUGAAAGCUCUACUCGGGGUGCUACAUGGCGCAUCAUUGGCAACCAGAUAAUUUUCAGUCGAAUGAACCAAAGUUUGGCUACUGGUGGGAAGCUGCCCUUCAACUAUGAUCAAUGGGAUGGGUAUCAAGCCAACAGAAACCGCACUUUCCAAACUCUAUACGAAAACAACAUAGGAAACAAUGUUUUCCUAGCCGGCGAUUCUCACGCGUCGUGGGUUUCGGAUUUAGUUUGGCUCGACGAACAUUCGUACGACCCCGCCACCGGAUCUGGAUCCGUGGGUGUAGAGUUCGCUGGUUCAGCUGUUAGCUCUCCAUCCCCGGCCGGACAGAAUACGACAAUAGACUCUGGUCUUGCCAUUUCAGAGUGGUUUACAACAGCAAAUGAAGAGCUGCAAUGGCAGGACUUUUACUACCGUGGUUAUUACGAGCUAUCGGUUAGCCACGAGAAGAUAGAUGCCGCCUUCUUCGGUGUCCCAACGACCACUCUCCGAAACGGGUACGAAAUCCCUCUGGCAAAUUUCACAGUUCUCGCCGGAGAGAACAGGCUGCAUCGAACUAACGGAUCGCCUGCUGUUGGAAACGCACAGGCCGGUAGUUUGAAGGGUGGGAUAGUUACUAGAUCAAACUUGACACAUGACACAGAAACUGGGAAAUGGUUCACAUACACUGGCCCCUGAUCUGGCAAUAAAGGCAAAACACAGCAGGUAAGGUACCUAACCGGCUUUGCCCCCCUUAUGGCACGCAUCCAUCUUGAAUCGCGUUUUUGCACCAAAAACACUCCCUCUGCAGCUUGGAAUAGGAUUACCCAUAUCAAUGCUAUAAAGUUGAAAAUGUCCCUAUUUAAUACGUUA